AUGGACUGGCACGCGUGGCUCUCGUCGGCGCGGCUGGAGCCGACGCUGGUGAACGAGUACGCGCUGGUGCUGGCACGCAACGAGCUGGAGGCCGGCGACGCCGCCUACUUCGACCACGAGUUCCUCCGCUGCAUGGGCAUCUCCGUCGCCAAGCACCGCCUCGAGAUCCUGAAGCUCGCGCGCCCCCGCUGCCUCCGCCGCUCCUCCUCCGCCGUCACCGCCGCGUCGCUCUCCCGGAUCUUCGCUGCCGUCGACCGCGCCGCCAGGUAUCUGCGCUCGAUCGUCCGCCGACGCGGGGAGUCGUCGUCCUCGGCGGCGCUCGUGCUGGUCCCAUGCCAGCAGCAGCCCGACGGCGUCGACUUCGUACGCUCGAGCUCCAGCUACGGCUAUUGCAAGGCGCCGAAGCGGACCAGGUCCAAGCCCAAGGCUGCCGCGGCUGCUGCACCGAGGGCCGGCGGAUGCAGGGGCGCCGCGACGGUGCACGCCAUGAAGGACAUCGACAGCGGCGGCGAGGAGACGGUCAAGUGGGACCGCAUGUUCCAGGACCUUAACCCAAACUGAUCGAUGCCGCGAUCGAGUGAUUGA